AUGAAGUCAACCUUUGUAGCCACUGUGGUGGCCCUCGCCGCCAACGAGGUGGCCGGCCACGCCCUGUUCCAGCAGCUGUGGCACGGCACCUCCUGCGUCCGCAUGCCGCAGGGCAACUCGCCCAUCACAAACGUCGGCAGCAGAGACUUCAUAUGUAACGCCAACCCUAAGCCGGCUAGCGGCAAGUGCGGCGUCAACGCCGGGUCGACGGUGACGGUUGAGAUGCACCAGCAACCCGGCGACCGGGCGUGCGGCAGCGAGGCCAUUGGCGGGCAGCACUGGGGGCCGGUGCAGAUCUAUCUGACCAAGGUAGCCGACGCGGCCACGGCGGACGGGUCGACGCAGUGGUUCAAGAUCUUCUCGGACGCGUGGAGCAAGAAGUCCGGGGGGCGGGUGGGCGACGACGACAACUGGGGCACGCGGGACCUGAACGCGUGCUGCGGCAAGAUGGACGUCAAGAUCCCGUCCGACAUCCCGUCGGGCGACUACCUGCUGCGCGCCGAGGCGCUGGCGCUGCACACGGCGGGGUCGAGCGGCGGCGCGCAGUUUUAUGUGUCGUGCUACCAGAUCUCCGUCAAGGGCGGCGGCAGCGCCACGCCGGGCCCCCUCGUCAAGUUCCCCGGCGCCUACAGCGCGCGCGACCCGGGCAUCAUGAUUAAUAUCCAUUCCGCGGUCGCCAACUACAUCGCCCCCGGCCCGGCCGUCUACGGCGGCGGCACCAACCGCACCGCCGGCUCGUCGUGCACCGGCUGCGAGACCACCUGCAAGGUCGGCAAGUCGCCCACCGCCGUCGCCACCCCGGGCGGCGGCUCCGGCACCAACAACAGCGACACCAGCAGCAGCGACUCGUCGUCGGCUGCGGCUGCGGCCCCCGACAACAACAGCAGCCCCAACGCGUGCUCCGUGGCCGCGUUCGGCCAGUGCGGCGGCACCGGCUACACUGGAUGCACUUCGUGCGCGUCUGGCUUCACUUGCAAGGACGUCUCGGCACCGUACUACUCGCAGUGUGUUGCUUCGGCUUGA